GUUGGCAGUGGGCCAGUGGGAUCAAGCGACACCAAGCAACCGAGAUACACAGCAAGAUUACAGAGUGAAGUAGAGAGAGAAGAGAGAUAGAGAGAGUUGAACGAGACCUAUAUUACAGAGAGUGAGUUAUCAUUUGUAAGGAUAGGGGUAUAUACUAGCAGAAUAUUUGACUUCAGUUUAGUUUAGUGAAAAACGGAUAAUCAGAAGAGACUGCAGACCUGCAAUUCAGACCUGCCUCUGUCGCAGGUGAGAUGGCGGUGAGGCGAAGGAUCUUUAACUCGACCAGACCAUUCUCAGGGUCACCCCAAAUAGAGCUGAAGGGGUCUUACCCAAGCCUUCCCAGCCCAGAAGACAGGACGAGUGACGAGGAGGGGAAGGAGAGCAAAGGGGACUUCAUGCCUAGUUUAAAACCCAGAAUAAUUAAAGUCCUAACGAUAGGCACAGCAGAACAAGUGGGUGAAGCAGGUCCACUGAACUAUCAGAAGAACUCGUUCAUAGCCCAGGCUGAAUGUGAAACCCAAGACUCCCAGCAGUUCAGCCCUUCCUGCUCCGAACGCUCCUUUGUCGCGUCCCCCAACUGCUUAAUCAACCGGGACUCAUCAGAGCACAACAAUGUGGCGUGUUCCAACGCAGCCUCCAACCAGGACAAACCAGGCUCCCCGGCCCACCGCUCACCCAGGAAGAAGCCAAGGAAGAAACAGAAGAGGAAGGAGAAGAAAGAGGAGCAGAGGGAGACAGGGAAGCAGAGACAGAGACGUAGAGUACCUUCUGGUGUCCCUGAGCAGGAGACCCAGACUGGCAGUUCUCCUCAACUGAUCCAGACCCAGGACGCUUCAGAGCACCAAAGUAACAUCAGCACUUCCUACAGUAGCAGUAUCCCGAGUUUAGAGGCACAUGACACAAGGCGCCCUUACCCCCUCCAGGACUGCAACAGGGACCCCAGCCAUUCCCACCUCUACUGGGGCCCCCAGGUGUUUAGCCCCCCCUCCAACCUCUCCACCUAUGGGCAGGAGAGUGACUCAGACUCUCCUCUCAGCAGUGUGGGAAACUGUUCGUUGGCCCUGGCAGGGCUCAGGGGCAGUGUCAGUCAGGAGGACCGAUGCUACGCAGGUCCCUUCUGCAAAGACUUCUGCAAAGACGUGGAAAGGGAUGUCAGGGAGAAGGAGGGAGAAGUCUCAGAGACUGACACCAACGAGGGCCUGAUCUUCAAUGUGAAUAUUCAGCCUGUGAAUCAUGAGUACAAGGAGGGGAAGGACUACAGCCUCUGCAAGUCUAUCAACACAGGGUCAUACGGGGAAGUGCACAGUGUGCAAGACAACAGAACACACUUCAAAUUUGGUGCCAAAAAGAUUCUCCUGAAGAGUUUUAGUAGUGAGGAAGUGGGUACGUGGAGUGCCCUGAAGUCUCCUCGCGUGGUGGAACUCUUCGGAGUGAUCAGAGAGGGGCCCUACGUCGUCCUCUUCAUGGACCUCAAGGCUGGCUCUGUGGGUCAGCUUAUUAAAGAGAGGGCUCGGCUACCUGAGGACCUGGCCCUGCACUACCACUGUCAGGUCCUGGAGGCGCUGGAACACCUGCUGAAGAGACGAGUGCUGCAUCUGGACAUAAAGGCGGACAAUGUGUUGCUGUCAGAGGAUGGGAGGGACACUUUUCUGUGUGACUUUGGACACUCGGAGAGAAUGGACAUCGGUGGACAGAGCCUAAGUGCAUCCCAAGGAGCAGAUCUGAAGGGGACAGAGACACACAUGGCCCCGGAGAUUGUGAAAGGGGAAACCCGCGGAGCCAAAGCAGACGUGUGGAGCAGCUGCUGCAUGUUACUGCACAUGCUCAACGGCUGCCAGCCCUGGACACGAUACUACUCCCGCCCACUGUACUUCAAGAUAGCCAAUGAGCCACCGCCUCUGAGGGAGAUCCCGCCCGAUUGCAGUCCCUUCACUGCUGAUGUCAUAAAGGUGGGACUACAGAAGGAGCCAACCAAGAGGGCCUCCGCCUCGGAGCUCAAGGAAAGAGCAGCCAGAGCUCUGAGAGAAGUGGGAGGACUCAGCAGCCCCAUCAGAGGGUCCUAUAAGGAGCCCCUACAGAUAGAUGACAGCCCCAGCCAGUCUAGCCAGCCCUUGCCUCCCUUCAGCAGAGACACCUGCUCUGAGGAGAGUCCUGAGCUAUGGCUGGAAUCCAUGAACCCAGGGAGCAGGGAGCUGAACAAUGAUGAGGAAGAGGAAGGCAGUGAGGCAGACACUGAGGAGACAGCCUCAUCUCCAGACUCACCUCGCUCUCUACUGACACAACUCCAUGAAUGGCAAAAUCCCAAGAUGGCCGAUGUCACCUCCAAUGUGUCUGAGCUUGAACUGCGCAAACUGGAGAGAGAGUUCUACCUGACCAGUCUGUCUCAGCUGCACUCAGCAGAAACCCAGGAGCAGCUACUGUCCUGCCUGAGCAGCAGUGACUGUUACUCCAACAGGGACUUAUGGGACAGAAAGGACUCUGGCCGUUGGUCCAUCAGCCCAGGUGAUGACCUCAGCUCUGGCGUGUUCUCCUACAACAGCCAACCGGACGGACAGAUUCUCAGUAUGGACUGGCUGGUUCACCAAAGCCACCUGUCUCCACCCCGAUGCUUUGAGGGAGUUGACGUCUGCAUCACGGACGUAAAUGGGCAAAGCAUCCGGAUCCGAGAGAAACGCAGGGUGAAGGUGGGACACAUCGCCACGGGGAUCAGCGACCAGAUCUCUGAGAGGGUGUUCACCAUGGAGACUCAGGAGCGGGAGCCAGUGGCCCACGAUGAGGAGGUGCAGGACUCUGGCCUCCUGCUCCGCUGUGUCCCUGCUCCUGACUACUGCCAGGCCUGGAGAUGGAGGGUCAAGGAGGGGGUGCUGGAGACUCGUAACUGAGCCAUCAACUCCCCCCACUCAUCAGUAGCAGUCUUAUCAAGCAUCAGGACUGUGAACUCACUCUUGUACGCCUGUCUCAGUCAAUCCUGCUUUUUAUCAAACUGUGUGUUAUGUAUAAUCCUCGUAAGGAUCGUACCCUUUUUUUUCAAUUUUCGCCUAAAAUUACAUACCCAAAUCUAACUGCCUGUAGCUCAGGACCUGAAGCAAGGAUAUGCAUAUUCUUGGUACCAUUUGAAAUGAAACACUUUGAAGUGUGUGGAAAUUCUCAAUUAAUGGAGGAGAAUAUUAACAGCAGGGGUUCAACCUUUAGAACCCAGUUCCUAUAUUUGAAUAUAAGAAUGUAUUUUAUCAAACAAAACUAUGCGAAAUUGUAUCUCUGGGACCCUCAGGAUGACAAAUCACAACAAGAUUACUGAAUGUAAGUACAUUAUUUACCUUCAGAGGUGAAUGUAUCAAACCAAGUGCCGUGAUAAGUUUUUUGUUGUUGUGCACUCUCCUCAAACAAUAGAAUGGUCUUUUUUUCACUGUAAUAGCUACUGUAAAUUGUACAGUGCAGUUAGAUUAACAAGAAUUUAAGCUUUCUGCACAUAUAAGACAUGUCUAUGUCCUGGAAAGUUGAUGUCAUUCUAGUCACAUUAACGCACGUUAGCAACAAUCGUCCCGAUAUUGGGACACCGAUCCCGUAGAGGAUAAAGGGACAAAUGUCAUGUGUUUCUUAUAAAUGGAUAUCCCUGUAAAUUACAGGAGCACACACCUGUGGUGUUUGUGUUCUCUUUAGAGAAAAUGGUUUAUGUGAAUAAGCUACAACUGCCUUUUCUCAAAGGUAUGGAAAGUCCAACAAUACUGUAAACCUAGCAUCAUUUUUUACACUUAGCUAGAGCACACCCAGCAAUAGCACUGAGCCAAUAGGAUGUUAACAUCUCAACCCUGUGUACCUUACAGUAACAUGGAAUCAUGUCAUGAAAUAAAAGCUGUACUCUGAAGUA